AUGGAUGGUGCCAGCAUAGCGGGACAACUGGCGGACUUGAAGUUUCCUCGGCCGGAGCAGGUCACCCGACUACACAUGAGGUGGUGCAACAUGGAUGGUAGCUUGAAAGACCUCGAGCACUUCAGCUUUGAGGCUUUGAAGCUGAGCGGGCAACACAUCACAGGCGACCUGCACGAUCUGAAUUGGUCACGCCUCAAGUUCCUGGACUUGCAAAGCACAUCCGUUACUGGCAACGUGUCAACGCUGCAGAGCUCUAAUUCACUCGAGGGUUUGUGGAUGCAGUACACAGAUGUGACAGGUGACAUCACCGAGUUGCUAGAGAAGUUUGAGAACAUCGUCUACCUGCAUUUGCAGCACACGCGUAUGUACGGAUCGAUCAAUGACAGGUGGCUUGAAGUGGGUCAGAAGCUCAAGGAGCUGAUGGUAUUCCGCACUUCUGUGAAGUUCAGCAUGUCGGCUCCUAAGCCUCCCUGGAGCACAGAAGACCGGAGGCCUUUCCCAUCAUUGGGGAAGCUGGACAUGAGCGGCAACGCCCUUCAUAUGGAUGUGUGGGACUUUCUCCUACCCCUGGCCAACAACUAUCAUCUGUCAACCCUGCUCGCGGCAAGCGCCAACCUUACCGGAACGCUCCAAGGACUUUUCAGAUAUCUCGGGUUCCCGCUCGACUGGCAAGUCAUGUAUUUGGAUCUUUCCGACAACCAGAUUGAAAAUGUGGUGGGUGAGCCACGGACUUGCUCGUUGGAUUUGAGCAAGAACCCUUUGAAGAAAAUCGAUGAUGCAUACUUCAAGGUGCCUUUGCUCCUGAACAUUCUGAACACAUCGUAUCACGUGGACCAGGCCAAAUUCAGCGAGCUGUUCGUGAAAUCCCGCGAGGAAACAGAUGGCGGAGCAAAUUUUGCAUGCACUGGCGUUGUGCCCAAUGAGACUCCAGUCGACAAAGCUGAGCCGACUAGAGUGUUGGUCACUUCGCAAACAUUUGCUCCGAAAGUCCUUUGCAGCUGCAGAAAAGGAUUCUUUGGCACUGGAACCGAAUGCUCGCUUUGCAAGGGUCGGCAGGAGAGUGUGGAUGGCAAAUGCUGCACGUGUCCCCGUGGCACCGCACGCCUGAACACCAAGAACACAGACCAAGAAGAGAGUAUUUGUUUCACCUGCCCUUACAACAAUACCUGUCAAGGCUUCGAAUGUGGUAAGUCGGACUGCUCGACAGGGUACACCGGACCUUUAUGCACGAUGUGCAAGGAGGAUUUCCACGCACUUUUCGGUGCAUGCUUGCCGUGCGACCCUAGCUGGAGCAUGCGCACGCGCUUGGCGGUCCUGGCUGGCGCAGGCUGUGGCGUCAUCAUCGCCGUUGCUGGCACUUUCUAUUACUUCAUGUACCGGGAGCCGCCACGGUUUACGGACACGGAAGAGGGCUGGCGAAAAGUGGAAAUGCUGGAGCAGGCGCUCCUGCUUCUAACCUACGAACAGCUGGUUUCCAUGCUCAAUGCCCUGGAGGCACGCCCGAGGUCAAGAAGCGAGAUCAUGCAGCUUCAAUUCGGCUGGCUUUUGCAGCUUUUCUCAGUACAGUGCAGUGUGGGCUAUGAGGCUGGCAGGCGCUCGGAGAUCUUUACCUCCGUUUAUUGCCUCCCAGCUAUUGUUUCGCUGGCAUUGAUUACAGGCAGCUGCAAGGGAAGCUGGCUUCUAGGUUUGAAGGUCAUCAUAGUGGCAACCUCGUUAUUUUUUGUGGGUACGGUGAAGACACUCAACGCCAACCUGAGCUGGUGCCUCCGCCAAGACAAAGAGGGUCAUCCAUUGGAUAACAUGGCAUUUUUCGAAGAACGACCCUGGGUCAAGUGUGGUAAUGUCAGCGACUAUGACCCUGACCAGCUCUGGCUGCUCACAGCGCUUUUCUUGAAUGCAGUGCUCGUCCCAUCAAUGUUGAUCUUGGUCGCCCAGUACAUCCGCAGGCAAAUGAAGGCGCUUUACAGUCGACGAAGCUUCGUGGAGCCAGUUCGACGCAGAGAGACGGUAGCAAAUGAGCGCAUGUCAAUCGGCCUAGCUUUGGCAAAAUCAGCAUCUACUGCCAUGGGGUUAGAUUACCAGCAAACACAAGAUGCAGAGCUAUCGGAGCGAGCAGGAUGUAUCUAUGCUGCUGCCUACAUGGUUUGCAUGUCGGAAAUGUGCGGCAGCAGCUCUGCAGAGGUGACCAAGACAAAGUUCAGCAUCAGGGUUUGCAUCAAAGAUUCUGACUCCUCAUCUGCUUGGAGACAAAUGGACGAGGCGCACCGGGCAGAGCGCAUUGAAGGAAUGCAGAUGCAGGCAGAAUGGAUCAGUGAAGCUUUGCUUCAUCGCCAGAUGUCCAAACACAGGUUCGCGGGUGGGCAGCGCCUGUGGAGGAGCGGAGAAACUACCAAAGGGGGCUUCGAGUACCCCCUUUGGCUCGGGAUGCGGAGCUCCUUCGAGCGCUUUGCCCACAAGGAUCCGCUGAUGUGUGAAGGAGUUCAGAAGCUCUUCCUGUGCGGCUUAUCCCAGAUCUGUUUCAGCUUGAGACAAAGCAGUUACGGCUGGGUGGCUGCCGCGUUGCUACUCGUUGGCUUGGGCAUCCGCACCGCGAAGCCCUAUGGAAGCCGAUCACGGAAUUGGCUGGCAACCGCACUGUGGACCCUUCUCGCUCUGGAGGCUUUCUCAAUCUUUUGCGAGGAGUGGGCUUGCCCUCCUGGUGCUGACGAGAAAGAGUGUGGGAAGCUGCAUCGCUGGUCUUUGAAACAGGCAAACUUCGCAGUGCACUGCAUCUGCAUUUUGGCGCCCAAGCUGCUCUUCCUGCACUUGCAGCUGAUGCCAGGCGACAUCUUCCUGCAAACCAACGCAGUUCUCGCCAAAGUGGAGCAAGUGAUAUUAGAGCAGGAGGAGGACAAGCCACAGAAGAUCGAAGUGAAGCCCAUCUGCUGGAGCUGGGAAGAGCCCAACUCACGCUUCCAAAAGCUUUGCAGGUGGUAUCGUCGCCGCUUUAAUUACUUGGCAGGUUGCCGGUAG